UUCCAAAAAAAUAAAAUAAUAAUACAAAAUAAAAAAUAAUAAUAAUAUGUUCAAACAGCGAUAACUAAACGUUUAAAUGGUAGCAUCAGCAUCUCAGCAGCUCCCAUCGGAAUCUCAGGUAAUAAGUACAAGAGCCGUCCAAGAAGCAUCUUCAGAGGCAUUUUAAUGCACGUUUAAAUAUUAUAAAUUUAUAAUUUUUUUAAAAACUCAUUUUUAAAUAUUAUCACUUCCAAUUUAGUCUUUGGAACAGAUGGGUACUCAAAAUCUUGUAUAUUUAACUAGAAUUGGUCACCUGCAGUGAGACUAAGCAAGCAAUGAGCCAACCAAUCACGCUAAACCGUGAAUCUUAUUUUUGAGACAUAAUCCCCAGUUUAGAAUUAAUUGGUUAAAUUUAUUUGUUUAAAGUAGUUAGUAGGUCGCUUAGCAUCGUCAUUCUAUAAAAGGAGCCAUCACGACCAUCUUCAACAAAGAGAGAAAUAGAUCAAGAGAAAUGGUUUUAGUUUAUCUCUUUGCGUCGGUGAGUUUAGUGGUGGGCUUUUUGAUUUAUUUCUACGCGCCAUACUGGAAAGUGAGGAAGGUCCCCGGACCUCCGGUGACUCCGCUCGUGGGCCACCUCCCUUUGCUCUCCAAAUAUGAGCUCGAUUUAUUCGGCAUCCUCGCCAAGAACUACGGCCCCAUCUUCAGGUUCCACAUGGGGAGACAACCUCUAAUUUUUGUGGCUGAUCCAGAACUGAUCCGAGAGGUAGGAAUAAAGAAGUUCAAAAGCAUCCCCAACAGGAGCAUGCCCUCUCCAAUCACCAACUCUCCUAUCCACCAAAAAGGUCUCUUUUUCACAAGGGAUUCAAGAUGGUCCUCCAUGAGAAACAUCAUUGUCGCAAUAUACCAACCUUCGCAUCUAGCUAGCCUAAUCCCCACAAUGCAAUCCCACAUAGAGCGCUCAACAAAAACACUCUCUACAAUCAAAGAAGACGAGGACAUCACCUUCUCUGAUUUCUCGAUCAAACUCUCCACCGACAUCAUCGGCGAGGCCGCCUUUGGUAUCGAUUUCGGCCUCGCGAAACAAGAAAAAGGAGAAGCAGAAGCAGCAGAAGCAGAAGAACCAGAAGAAGAAGUCGCGGAUUUCGUACAAAAACAUGUGUACGCCACAACCUCACUCAAAAUGGACCUAAGUGGCUCAUUCUCUAUCAUGCUGGGCCUUCUCAUUCCAUUCCUCCAAGAACCAUUUAGACACAUACUAAAGAGAAUUCCGUGGACCGCGGAUUUUAAGAUUGAUCAAACCAACUCCAGGCUAAGUAAGAGAAUGGAUGAAAUAGUUACCAAGAGAGCACAAAAGAUCGAUAGAGGGCGAAAGGAUUUCUUAUCGGUUGUGUUGAAUGCGAGGGACAAGGAUGAGGCGGCGCGGGAGCUGCUCACGCCGGACUUCGUGAGCGCACUUACGUAUGAGCACCUUCUUGCUGGGUCGACGACGAGCUCAUUUACCAUAGCCUCGCUUCUUUACUUGGUGUCGAAACACCCCGAGGUGGAGGCAAAGCUGAUCGAGGAGAUCGAUCAGUUCGGUCCGCGUGAUCGAGUUCCGACCGCCGAUGAUCUGCAGCACAAGUUUCCCUACCUUGAUCAGGUGAUAAAAGAGGUGAUGCGGUUCUUCUUUGUGUCGCCAUUGAUUGCGAGGCAAACAUCAGAGCAAGUUGAGCUUGGAGGCUAUGUCCUUCCGAAGGGCACAUGGGUGUGGCUAGCUCCAGGGGUCAUGGCUAGAGAUCCCAAGAACUUCCCCGAACCCAAUGCGUUCCGUCCAGAGCGGUUCGAUCCGAAUUGCAACGAAGAGAAGCAGAGGCACCCGUACGCGUUCAUACCCUUCGGGAUCGGACCCAGAGCAUGCAUCGGUCAGAAAUUUGCGAUCCUCGAGAUCAAGUUAGCUGCCAUACAUCUCUACCGACGCUACAUUUUCCGGCACUCCCCCUUGAUGGAAUCCCCUCUGCAGUUCCAAUAUGGAAUUGUAGCCAAUUUUAAGCAUGGUGUCAGGCUUCUUGUGACCAAGAGAUCUUAGUUAUGAAGCUUUUUAUUGUUGUGUACGUUUGUAUCUUGUGCACUUAUUUUACUUUCUUGGUUUUCUGUAGCUAUGGCUCAGCGAGCUAUAACUCUGAGUUUAGUGCGAUUCAUCAUGGUUUCCCUCAAAA